AUGAAUCAUUCUCCUGGUUUCUGCCCACCCGAGCUCACGGGCAGGGCGGCUAGGCUAUGCUCCUUAUUCUUGCGCUGUCUUUCUAUCGAACAUUCGUAUUGGUCGACGCAUGGUCAGGGUCCCGUCGGAUUACGGCAACAUGGGACGGAAUGGCAUGGAGUGACGACAUCUUUUUCUCUUUUCCCUCGAUACCCCUCCAAACACAGUUCGCAGACACACGCUUCUCAAAAUUCCACCCACACAAAAUCAGAGCAAGCACAAUCGCACAACCGAGAAGCAUCCACAUUCACUCACAUAUCGCAUUUUCUGUUUGUUUGUUUGUUUUUCUCCCCCUUCUUCCAUUUUCUAUUUCCAAACCCUGUACUUGGUUCGAAACCCUUGUAUAAAACGUCUGGGCAACAACGAGGUUAUGAGAAAGGUGGACACGAUGGGCCCAAAAGACCACGAAUUAUCCGUAAUCAAUGA